AUGCAGAACCAAAAUGUAUACAUUCAAGGGUAUAGUCCUUCUAUUCAAAAUAUCCAAGAGCAACAACAUAUUUAUAAUGCCGCUGGUCCCGUUGCGAUUAAUAUAGACUCUGAAAAACCUACACGGCACUGGGGUGAAGCUCCAGAGAGACAGCCUCGUCGUUAUACUAAACAGCGUAUUGAAUUAAAGGAUGGAAAAAAUUUAGUAUUAGAAUGUCCUAUACCCACAGAUUUGCGCGGGACUAUCCCUAGGAAUGACUUAUGGGAAUUUACACAUAUGAGGUAUACCGCAUGUACAAGUGGACCUGACAAUUUUAUGGAUAAAGGGUUUAAGCUUCGUCAAGUCGAAGCUAAUCCUCCAAGAACAACCGAACUAUUUAUUGUGUUAACUAUGUAUAAUGAAGAUAAAGAUCUAUUAUCCCGGACUUUUCAUGGAGUUGCGAAAAAUAUUGCUCAUCUAUGUAGUCGUGAUAGGUCUAGAGUCUGGGGUAAAGAUGGAUGGAAGAAGGUCGUUGUAUGCAUAGUUGCUGAUGGUCGUGAAAAAAUCGAUAAGAGUUCUUUAGCUUACUUAGCAGCUCUUGGUGUCUAUCAAUCUGGUGUUGAAGUGGGUGAAGUAAGAGGUGAACCCGUUAAUGCUCAUAUAUAUGAGUAUACAACUCAAAUUUCAAUUGACAAUGGUAUGGACAUUAAGGCGGGAGAGGAUUCUGGUGUUGUUCCAAUCCAGGUACUCUUUUGUCUUAAAGAGAAGAAUGCUAAAAAGAUUAAUUCUCAUCGAUGGUUCUUUAAUGCCUUUGGCCCAAUUCUUAGCCCUACUAUAUGUGUUCUUAUUGAUGUUGGCACUGAGCCAGGAUCUAGAUCUAUCUAUAAUCUAUGGAAAGCAUUUGAUGUAGACCCUAAUGUUGCGGGUGCUUGUGGUGAAAUAGUUGCCAUGAAAGGUAAAGGCUGGAAUAAGCUAUUAAAUCCAAUUGUGGCCGCCCAAAAUUUUGAAUAUAAAAUGUCCAACAUUCUGGAUAAGCCAUUUGAAUCAGUGUUUGGGUACAUUACUGUUUUACCCGGUGCUUUUUCUGCCUAUCGGUACAUUGCUCUUCAGAAUACUAAAAAUGUUAAUGGAGAGGAGGAAGGUCCUCUAGCGUCUUAUUUUAAAGGUGAAAUUAAUGAUGAGAAAAAAGUUGAUAAAAAGGAGGAAAGCAUAUUUACCGCGAAUAUGUAUCUUGCCGAAGAUCGUAUUCUUUGUUUUGAAUUGGUUGCAAAACGUGGAAACUCUUGGUUAUUGCAUUAUGUUAAAUCAUCCCAGGCUGAAACUGAUGUGCCUGAAAGUGUUACUGGACUGAUUAGUCAACGAAGGCGUUGGUUAAAUGGUUCCUUUUUUGCUAGCUUUCACGCAAUUACACACUUUUAUUAUAUUUGGAGAAGCAAUCAUUCUAUAUCUCGUAAAAUAUUUUUACAUAUUGAAAUGGCAUAUCAAGCAUAUAAUCUUAUUUUCUCGUGGUUUGCCUUAUCACUAUCUAAUCCUCAAGUCGCACCCUGGAAUCCAAAUGUUGGAAAUGGUAUAUUUACAGUCUUGCAAUAUAUUUUCAUUGCACUAGUAAUUACACAGUUCAUCUUGGCCAUGGGACACAGACCCCAAGGUUCUAAAUGGGCUUAUAGAUUAUCUAUAGUAUUCUUUUCCUUGGUUAUGGUCUAUAUGUUAUUUGCUGCAUUCUGGCUCGCAAUUAAUGGUCUUAAAGAUAAAAUAAAUAAUAAUGAGGUCAACAUAAAUGGAGCAGAUACUGCUAGUUUAAGUUCUAUUCUUAAUAAUACCACUUUUAGAAACAUUAUCCUUUCAUUAGUUUCUACAUAUGGCUUACCAGAUGCAUCAACGUUACAGAAAGCCGUCAAUGUUGAAUCCUCUACUGGAGUACCUACAGUCGAAGUUACGGUGCCUGAAGAUGUUAACGAUGUAUAUAAACAGGCUCUUAAUGCAAUAAGGCAACCAAAGGAAGAUGAAGUUUCGAUAGCUACACCACAACAAAAAAAAGAGGAUUCUAGAAAAUCAUUUCGAACAAUGGUUGUACUUCUUUGGAUUUUUAGUAAUGUUCUAUUAAUAAUCGCUGUCACGUCUGUUAGUGGUGAUACAUCAAGAACAAAUGCGUAUAUGGCAGUUAUUCUUUGGUCUGUCGCUGGACUAGCUGCCUUCAGAUUUCUCGGUACUACUACAUAUCUUAUAUUUAGAUUAUUUACUGAUCCAAACAUAUUAAUAUUUUGGAAAUAG